GGUGAGCUCUGAAGGCCAGACGUGCUAGCUUAGUCUUUCUCGCUCUCUCUCUCUCUCUCUCACACACACACCUCAGGCCAGCUCAACCACCAUGCAUCUCUCUCAAGAAGACCAAAGCGUGGACAAUCACCUAAAAGAGAAAAUAUCACAUGCAAGCCACAUGGCCAGCGAUUACAGUCCUGCAGAGUCCAACACUGACGGAUUACAGGAAAAUCUGAACCAGCGGUCUGGAGGUAACCUCAUCUACUCCAUCAAUGAUCGCCCACCGUGGUAUCUCUGCCUUCUAUUGGGAUUCCAGCAUUACAUACUGGCUUUCAGUGGGAUCCUGGCCAUCCCUUUAAUCCUCGCUGAGCCGUUGUGCAUUAAGGACAACAAUGCAGCCAAGAGCCAGCUCGUCUCCACCAUCUUCUUCGUGUCAGGGAUUUGCACCAUGCUUCAGACCACCAUUGGGACCAGGUUGCCGAUCCUGCAGGGAGGAACGUUUACUUUCAUCACGCCGACACUGGCGAUCCUGGCGUUGCCCAAGUGGCAGUGUCCGAAAGGGAGCGCAUUGACCCCUGACCUCAACGCCACGGUAGCCUCUGUCUCCCGCCUAGACCCUGAAGAAGUGUGGAAAAUGCGCAUGCGUGAGAUCCAGGGAGCGAUCCUUGUUGCGUCGUUGCUUCAGGUCGUGCUCGGACUUACAGGGCUGGUGGGAUUUGUGCUGAAGUUCAUCGGACCCCUGGCUAUCGCUCCGACCAUCAAUCUGAUUGGUCUGUCGCUCUUCAUCCAAGCUGGGAAGAAGUCAGGAGCACACUGGGGCAUUUCAGCUCUGACAGUGUUUCUUAUCCUUCUCUUCUCCCAGUAUCUCAGCAAGGUUAGAGUCCCGCUCAUUGCUUACAAGGACAAGAAGUGGAAAGUUUUUCAUUACCCUCUCUUUAGUCUGUUCUCGGCUUUGUUUGGGAUGUCUGGAGCUUGGCUGGUCUGCUUUAUACUGACAUACUUCGAUGUCCUGCCCACUUCACCACACGAGUAUGGCUACCAGGCCCGGACAGACAUCAACCUGGAUGCGGUGAGCAGUGCUGAAUGGUUCUUCAUGCCUUAUCCAGGUCAGUGGGGUCUCCCGAGCGUUAGCAUCUCCUCCGUCCUAGGCAUGAUGGCAGGGGUACUGGCUUCUACAAUGGAGUCCAUCGGGGAUUACUUCGCAUGUGCACGUCUCUCUGGUGCCCCGACUCCGCCCACUGAUGCUGUUAACCGUGGUAUCGCAGUCGAGGGUCUGGGCUGCAUCCUGGCAGGGCUGUGGGGCAGCGGCAAUGGGACGACUUCCUACAGUCAGAACAUCGCAGCUUUAGGGAUCACCAGGGUUGGAAGCAGGCUGGUCCUCCAGACGGCGGGCCUCCUCAUGGUCGUGCUGGGACUCUUUGGGAAGUUCAGUGCCGUGUUCAUCACCAUCCCUGAGCCGGUGAUCGGAGGCAUGUUCCUGGUCAUGUUCGGGAUGGUCGCUGCUGUGGGAAUCUCCAACCUGCAGUACGUGGACUUAAACUCGUCCAGGAAUCUGCUGAUCUUCGGCGUUUCUAUCUUCACUGGACUUGUGUUGCCAGCGUGGUUUCAUUCCAACUCAGACACCAUCAACACGGGUAUAACAGAGUUGGAUCAGCUCAUCACGGUACUCUUCACCACCCCCAUGUUCAUUGGUGGCUUCUUAGGAUUCAUCUUGGAUAACACUAUUCCAGGAACAGACGAGGAGCGAGGGAUCAAACGUUGGAGAGAAAGCGUUGAUGGCAGGACUUCAGCCAUCUUCAGCAAUCAGUCCUGUUAUGAUCUGCCUUUCUGCACCAACUUCCUUCAGAAAUUCAGGUUCUUACAGAACCUUCCGUUCCUCCCGUCCAUUAAAUCGCUGGACCCGCUGGGAACACGCUUAUAAAACCUUCAGUCGUUUUAACAGGACGUAUAAAUCACUGUAAUCAUAGCUUACAGAACACAAUUAAUCAUUUACUGCAGGAUGGGGUUUUUUUGCACACCUCAUUUACCGAGCUGAUCGUAGACGGAGACGUUUAAAAUAUAAAGAAUCUGUUGUGUGUAUGUCUUGUUACAGUUCAAGCACAUGAACUUUUUUAUUAUAGCAAGAAAAACUAAUGCAAAAUAAUUAUAAAUAUAAAGUCUUACAGGGGGCACGGUGGCUUAGUGGUUAGCACGUUCGCCUCACACCUCCAGGGUCGGGGUUCGAUUCCCGCCUCCACCUUGUGUGUGUGGAGUUUGCAUGUUCUCCCCGUGCCUCGGGGGUUUCCUCCGGGUACUCCGGUUUCCUCCCCCGGUCCAAAGACAUGCAUUGUAGGUUGAUUGGCAUCUCUGGAAAAAUUGUCCGUAGUGUGUGAUUGCGUGAGUGAAUGAGAGUGUGUGUGUGUGUGCCCUGUGAUGGGUUGGCACUCCGUCCAGGGUGUAUCCUGCCUUGAUGCUCGAUGACGCCUGAGAUAGGCACAGGCUCCCCUGGAAAAUUGUCCAUAAUAUGAGAGUGUGUGUGUGUGUGUGUGUGUGUGUGUGUGUGUGUGUGUGUGUGUGUGUGUGUGUGUGUGUGUGUGUGUGUGUGUGUGUGUCCUGCGAUGGGUUGGCACUCCGUCCAGGGUGUAUCCUGCCUUGAUGCCCGAUGAAGCCUGAGAUAAGCACAGGCUCCCCGUGACCCGAGGUAGUUCGGAUAAGCGGUAGAAGAUGAGUGAGAGAGUGAGAGAGAGAGAAGUCUUACGGAUCCAUAAGUCAGGGUUAAGUUGAUUUUGACAGCGUGUUUCUCCUGAAUCUGACACCAAUAUCACAUCUCUUUAAUAAAGUACUUUAAAGAUAACUCUUGAUUUACGGUUAUGGCUAUGUCAAUUAACAACUUUGCCAAGGACGUCCUGAAGUGGACAUCCUGAAGUGUUUUAUUCGUCUCUUCAUUCGUUAUUUAACAACAAGAGACAAGUCAUAGUUAUAUAUUUAUCUGUUUCUGGCUACAGAUAGAUCCUAGCUAGCUCUUGAAGUUGAAAAGAGAGGAAAAAAACUAUUACAAAGUUCUGACACUAGAGACUCCUUCCAUAAACUCAACCUCCUAACAGACAACAUCCUCCAGCUGUGAGCUGUUACUAUAGAAACAUUAACAGAUUCUUUCAAUCCUGUGAUUUGCUGAUGUCACAAUCGCUGUUAAAGGACAUUAAAGGUGCAAUAGUCUAUUUUUUUAUUCCUUAUGUGUACAAAUAUCCAGGAAGAUACUGUAUGUAGAACAUGAUUGGAAAAACACAAUGCCUUAAAUUAAUGCAUGGCUCUAAAGUGUAUUAAGUUGCUGAGAAGAGCAGUUUGGAAAAUUUUGGAAAAGUGAUCUGGAAUUCUUGCUUGGGUUUGGAUGCAAUGUACAGGGUUGAGUCCUGGGGGCGGAGCUUUAUGAGCAUUGGCAGGAAUCAUUAAAAUGCUCUUACA